AUGCAUUCCAACUACAUUUUCUCGGUUCUUGCCCUAGCUCUUCCCGUGUACUCGCUUAGCUCCACCGCUAGCAUGGGCUGCUACUCCGACGUCGAAUCAUUCAAGAAUCAGGGUCCCUACACCUUUCAAUCACAAGGAUACUGCCAGACCAAAUGCGCAGAGAAAGAUUUCAAGGUCGCUGCUCUGAGCCGUGGCAACAUGUGCUACUGCGGCGAUGAAGUCCCCUCGGAUUCCGCUAAGAUCGCCGACGAUAAGUGCGACGUGGCCUGCUCUGGAUGGCCCGAUGAUAACUGCGGUGGCAAGGAUACCUUCAGCGUCAUCCAGGCGGCUGAGAACGUCAAAGCCUCUGGUUCCAAAAACUCCACUACUGCUAUUGAACCCACUGCUGCCACCGCAGCUGGCGGGAUCAUUGUCGCACCCUCAACAUCGAGCUCACCAACCGGUAUGGCGACCGCGGCAUCAGAGAGCGCGAAUGCUUCCUCCAAGUCUGCCUCUGGCUCCCAAGCUAUCGCAACUGCCUCCCCCACGCCCACUGAUAACGCUGCCGGGACAAUGCGCGCAGGCUCCUCGCUGCUCGGUGCUGCUAUUGCAGGUAUCGGCUUGCUUCUGUGA